UGAGAGAUCAGUACAAGUUUUUCAAAGCAAUUAUGAAUAUCCUUAUUGCAUUAGCAGUAAUAGUUACAUCCCUAUCAGUAAGGGCUCAAUUUAAUCCUCACUAUAUAGACAACAGAAAUGUAAUUGUUCAUCUCUUUGAGUGGAAAUGGAAUGAUAUCGCGAGUGAAUGUAAAAAUUUUCUAGGACCAAAUGGAUUUGCUGGAGUACAGGUAUCCCCCGUCAAUGAAAACUGGGUUUCACCUGAACGCGCGUGGUAUGAACGUUACCAACCUAUCUCCUACAAAUUAACUACGCGUUCCGGAACUCAAGAAGAAUUCGCUAGUAUGGUUGAAACUUGUCGGCAGAGUGGUGUAAGAAUCUACGUGGAUGUCGUUUUCAAUCAUAUGGCUUCAGGAUCUCUCGAUACGAUAUUGGUUGGUACGGCUGGUUCAGAAGCAUAUCCACAGGUUUUCGACUACCCAGCAGUACCUUUCACCAAAGCAGACUUUCAUCCUGAUUGUACGAUUACGGAUUACCAAGAUGUCUACCAAAUUAGGAAUUGUCAGUUAUCGAGUUUGAGAGAUCUCAAUCAAACCUCUCCUUAUGUCAGAGAGAAGAUUCUCGGUUUCUUGAAUCAAUUGGUUGAUUUGGGAGUAGCAGGAUUCAGGGUAGAUGCUGCUAAGCACAUGGAUCCUCAAGACUUAAGAUACAUCUAUAGGACAAUUAAAAGGCUGAAUAAGGAUUCCGGAUUCAGGGCUACAGACAAAGCUUUCAUCGUGCAGGAAGUGAUAGAUCUUGGUGGUGAAGCUGUAACAUCCCGAGAGUACACAUCAUUUGGCGUUGUUACUGAAUUCAAAGCAUCCGAUGAACUUGGAAAGGCUUUCCGUGGCAAGUACCCCCUAGCAGAUCUGAGGCACUGGGGGCCAUUAUAUGGCCUACUUCCUCCUAAUCGAGCCCUUGUCUUUGUUGAAAAUCACGACAAUGAACGUGGUCAUGGAGCUGGAGGAGAAAAUAUCCUAACUUACAAAAACGGAAAGAUCUACACGAUGGCCGUAGCGUUCAACCUAGCCCACUCUUACGGUAUUCCGCGGAUCAUGAGCAGUUACGAGUUUAACGAUCCAAGCCAAGGUCCUCCGCAUGACGAUAGCAAUAAUAUUCUGAGUCCUGAAUUCUCAUCCAAUGGGGAAUCUUGCACAAAUGGAUGGGUUUGUCAGCAUCGUUGGUUGGCCAUUAGGAACAUGGUUAAGUUCAGAAAUGUCGUUCGAAAGACAUCAGUUACGCUGUGGUAUGACAAUGGAUCCAAUCAAAUAGCUUUCUCGAGAGGAACUCGAGGAUUUAUAGCGUUCAAUGGAGACAAAGUUGAUUUCAGCGCAAAGGUUCGCACCUAUCUCCGUUCAGGAACAUAUUGCGAUGUUAUUUCGGGUGAGAAAAAUGGGAAUUCAUGCACAGGAAAGACGGUGAAUGUGAGAAGAUCGGAAGUGGCAGUCAUUAUCGAAGCUGAUGAUCCAUAUGGAGUCAUCGCUAUUCAUGCUGAAUCAAAAUUGUAGAUCAUUGAUUUGAAAAUUUCUUGCAAAAUUUCAAUGAAUCAUGCAGAAUAUUUUUAAUAAAUUGAGUUUGAUACAUACCACAAAUCUUAAAA